GGUAUAACAUAUUUAGAGAUGUCCCGCGAUACAGUAGCUUCAUCGGGAUGUGAGAUCAUCGGGAACACUCCACUUGUAAAACUAAAUAAAAUAACGGAAGGGCUAGACGCAACCAUCGCAGUGAAGCUCGAGUACAUGAAUCCAGCAGGAUCCGUCAAAGAUCGUGUAGCCAUCGCAAUGAUUGAGGCAGCCGAAAAACAGGGUAAGAUCACUCCAGGAAAGAGUGUGCUCAUUGAACCGACGAGCGGUAACAUUGGUAUCGCGUUGGCUUACUGUGCAGCGAUCAAAGGGUACAAGGUAAUUUUGACGAUGCCUGCGUCUUAUAGCGUUGAGAGACGAGCUAUAUUAAAAGCUUAUGGUGCGGAGGUGGUACUCACUGAUCCAGCGCUCGGCAUAAAUGCUGCAGUGCAACGUGCACAGGAUCUGGCAGCUAUAAUUCCAAACUCUCAUAUUUUGAAUCAAUUCGCUAAUCCAGCAAACCCACAACAGCAUUAUCUCACAACUGGGCCGGAAAUUUGGAAACAAACUCAUGGAAAGGUCGACAUCGUAUGCUUCGGUGUUGGUUCCGGUGGUACUUGUACUGGUGUGGGACGAUAUUUGAAAGAGCAAAACCCCAACAUCCAGGUAUACCCUGUAGAACCAUAUGAGUCAUCUGUCAUCAACGGAUUUCCAGCUGGUACUCACAAAAUCCAAGGCAUUGGAGCUGGGAUAAUCCCAGAAAAUCUUGAUCGUACGCUCUUCAAGGAAGCAUUGCGUGUACAUUCCGAUGAUGCUAUAGCAAUGGCAAAGAGACUAGCAAAAGAAGAGGCUAUUUUGGGCGGAAUAUCAUCUGGCGCAAACGUGUGCGCUGCGAUUCAGCUUGCCAAACGCCCAGAGAAUAAGGGAAAGUUGAUAGUCACAAGUGUCAACAGUUAUGGAGAACGUUAUCUGUCUACGGCCCUCUACUCUGAUAUCCGUGAACAAGCAGCAGCUAUGGAUCAGAUGACACUUGAAGAAUCUGUUGCUAUCGUGAAAGCAUAUUUAAGCAAGUAA